AUGACAGAUCUGUCGCGCAUCCUGCCGGAGUUUCCCCUCGCCCAGUAUGCGCGCCUGCUGCCGGCCAUCGAGAAGCACCAGCUGACCAUCACUGACCUGCUCACCCUCGAGUUCCCCGACAUCGGCAAGCGGACCCAGCUGCCGCUGCUCGACAUCAAGCGCCUCUGCAAUGCCGUGCUCGAGGCUCUGCAUAAAGAUCUUGGUGUCGCAGACAGCCCGGCACCCGGGAAGCAGUCUGGUGGAAGCGCGCUGAGGCACACGGGCUCCGAGCUCGUUGCCAAGCCAUGGAAUACCAUCAGCACCUUGGACAAGUCCUUGGACGAAGCACUGGGUGGCGGGAUACCUUCGGGCUACAUCACCGAGAUCACGGGCGAGAGCGGCGCCGGCAAGACGCAAUUCCUCCUGACUCUACUCCUCUCGGCUCAACUGCCGCCUCCACACGGUCUCGGCCGGCCAGCCCUCUACAUAUCGACCGAAGCACCCCUAUCAACCAAGCGGCUCUCACAGAUCCUGACCAACAACCCCUUCUUCCAGGACCUCGACUCCUCCACCAAGCCCUCGCUGGACCAGAUCAUCAGCACCGUGACGCCGGACCUGGAAUCCCAGGACCACAUCCUCACCUACCAGGUUCCCGUCGAGGUCUCGCGGCGCAACAUCGGGCUCAUCGUGCUCGAUUCCGUCGCAGCGAACUACCGUGCCGAGUUUGAGCGCGGGCCCGGCGGCAGCAGCGGCGGCUCUAACAUGGCCGCGCGCGGCAACGAGCUCGUGCGCCUGGGUCAGCUGCUGCACGAGCUGGCGCGCAAGCACGACCUCGCCGUCGUGGUCGCGAACCAGGUCGCAGACCGUUUUACGAACUUCAGCCCGGCCGUUCCUAAGAGCAGCGGCCUGCCAUUCUCGUUACCACUGUCUGGUCGCGCACCACCUGUCUCGCAAGAAAGCCCGCUCGCGUCGCGGAGUCGCAAAUUAGCACUGGGAUCGGGGCUAGGAUCAACACAGCCACAGCUGCCCUCGCACAUCACUGCCGAGCCCACGAGCAGCAUGGCCGACGUCGUCGUGCGCUCCAGCAUGCCGGAGCCGCCGCCCGACGAUGUGGGGCACUCCUUCGCGCCACCCGCGCUGCUCCUCGAUCACCAGCAGCGGUGGUUCACGGGGUGGGGCGACGACCCUCACGCGGACCAGCAGCUCAAGACGCCCAGUCUGGGGCUCGUGUGGUCGACGCAGAUCGCGACACGCAUCGCGCUGUUCCGCCGGCCCGCAUACGGACGCAAGGAAGUCAUCGAGGACGAGGAGACCGGCAGCGCGACGAUCCGGUCGUGGCGUCGCUGCAUGAAGGUCGUGUUUGCGCCGCAUGUGGCGGGCACCGGGCCGGGGCUGGAGGGCGCGGUCGAGUUCGAGGUCACGAUGGGUGGGCUGCGGGCUGUAGAGAGGGGGAAGAAGGGAAAGGCGAAGGAAAGGGAGGUGUAG